AUGACGGGACGCAAACAUGGCUUGAAUGAGGGGGACGACAAGACGGUUAAACGUGCAAAGACCGACUCGGAAUCUAUUGAGGCCAAGCGGGCUUCGAUAAAUGCCCGAAUAGCCAAUCUCAAAGCCAAGCAGGCUGCCAAAGAGACUGGCAAGAAGGACACAACCGACAAGAAGGACCCGAAGAGCAGCGUCGCUGACAGGCUCGCACGAAUCAAGGAAAGGACUGCAGAACUUCAGCGCAAGAAGCUAGAGAAGGAGAAGGAGAAGGAAAAAGAAAAGUCAAAAGAACAUGAGAAGAAGCUCCCCGACAGACAAGCCAAGAAGCCCUACGUUGCUCCUGUUAUUGGCUUGGACCAAGAGGUACACCCUCUGUUGCUCCAGAUAAAGGAGGAGCAGGAACUCAAGAAAAUCAACCCAUAUCUCGACACAAGUGCUGUUUCCGCUAAGACUGACGAGUUUUUCGACCCUCAAGUUGAUCUGCCACGAGCAAGACGUCCUAGAGCUCUGCAGUUCAAUGCUCCCGGCAAGUUCAUCGCGCAGGCAGAGGAGCUGCGGUAUGAGGCAAAAAUGGAGGCCAUGCGACAACAGAUGGAAGCCGAGGCAGAGGCAAAGAGAGCCAAACGAGAAAUUGGUAUUUCUGUUGAUGAGCGAAAAUACAAGGUGCAAGCUCCUCCGGAGGUAGAGUGGUGGGAUAUGCCAUACGUGCAGACCGACGAAGGGUUCCAGGGGGAGCUCAAAACCGAUGCUGAGUUGGAGCAGCUCGUCACCUGUUACAUCCAGCACCCCGUCAUGAUUAAGGCUCCAUGGGAAGCCCAUCUACCUCAAGGACCUCUACCUUUGCACCUUACCAAACGUGAACAGAAGCGGAUCAGAAAGCAAGCUCGAGCAGAAAAACACAAGGAUCAACAGGAUCGAAUUCGACUGGGUUUGGACCCUGCACCUCCCCCUAAGGUGAAGCUUACAAACCUCAUUUCGGUUCUCUCUUCUGAUAGCAUCAAGGAUCCCACUUCUGUGGAAAUGAGAGUGCGACGGGAAGUUGAGGCUCGUCGUCUGCAGCAUGAACAAGACAACCAGGAGCGAAAGCUGAGCAGGGAGGAACGUGCCCAGAAGAUUGCAGACAAGGCGGAACGAGACAAGCAGACCAAGGGUGUUUUCACAGCUGUGUUCCGAGUGGAAUCGUUAGCCGAUGAUCAACACCGCUACAAAGUCAAUGUCAAUGCACGCCAAUUACACCUCACUGGCAUCACUCUACUGAAUCCUGAUUUCAACUUAGUGGUAGUGGAGGGAGCUCCUAAAGACGUGCUGCGAUACAAGAAGCUCAUGAUGAGACGUAUACAGUGGACCGAAGCUGCACCUAUUCGAGAGCAAGACGAGGGAGUCAAGGAACUGCCUGAUCUCAGCAGGAACAAAUGUACAUUAGUAUGGGAGGGUCAGCUUUUGGAACAGCAUUUCAAAAAGUGGACAACUGAGAAUACCGAAGACCAGGUUUCUGCCGUUGAUCUGUUGAAGCGUAACAAGGUAGAGAACUACUGGAUUGCCGCCAAGGGCGUGGACAAAUGA